AUGCCAGGUUGGACAGACCUGAAGCUUGACAUUGUUGCAACCCUUCCCUGUGUAACACCCAGCAUGCAUUCCAACGCCAACCUUAGUAGCUAUGGCAAUUAUGCAAGGCUUUCGGAUCUGUCCGCCGUUGGGGGCGUCACAGGAGAGGCAACCCGGAUACUACUACAGGACGUGGAGAAACGGGAACGGAAGCGAGAGCAGAAUCGGAUAGCACAGAGGAACUACCGUCGAAAUCAAAAACAACGUAUCCAAGCUCUAGAAGCCGCACUCGGCCAGCUGGAACCCGCCGAUACUAUCCUAGCAUCGCCACCAACCUCGAAUGCGGCUGAAACAACUUUCGACCUCGCCCCGGUCAGCCCUCCCUCCUCGGCCCCCCAGAACCCUUCGCCAUGCGAUGACCAAUCACUGUGGGCAUUUGAUCCUUCCUGGAAAAGGACGCACCAGCAAACCAGCCCCGAGAUUCUCGGUGAACAAGGCCGGACGGCGCUUCAUCUCGCAGUGAACUCUGGGAAUGAGUCUAUAACCCGAUUGCUUCUCGAGCGCGGGGCAGACAUCGCGAAACAAGACCAUAACGGGUCGACGGCCUUGCAUCUUGCUUGCGAACGCGGUUCUGAGGUCCUUACGAGGCUACUAUUAGAGAAGUUGGCCGACCCUAAUGAAAGGGAUUUCCUGGGGCGCACCGCACUCUUCAAAGCAGUAGCAGGAAAGAACGAGGCGGUAGUCAAAGUACUGCUAGAGGCUUCCGCAGAUGUGAAUACCAAGGACUCGUUGGGUACCAUGGCCCUUCAUCUGGCAGUAGAAAGCGGGUCCGAGCCCCUGGUGCUUCUCCUACUACAACACGGGGCGGAUAUUAAUGCAUGA